UCGCCCCGACGCGGCCUCGCCCGGCGUCCGCCCUCGCCUGCGGCCUCGCGGAGGGCGAGCCGGCGGCCUUGCGGUCUGCGCGCCGCCCGCCCAGGCCACCGCGGCCUCGCCCGUUGCGGCCCGCGCGUCCUCUGUCUGCGUUCGGCUGCUUCUCCUCUCUUCCCAAAAAAAAAAAAAAACAGCCGAGAGGGGAAGCAGGACACGGUUUGUUUCCAUGGCGUCCCCCAGCCGCACUCGUCCGGGUGCCAUUCCUGUUCCCAAGUGUCCAGUCAUCUUCAAUGGCACAAACUGGGCCGAUUUUGUUUUUCAUAUGGAGGUGCACAUGGAUGGGCAGCUGCUGUGGAACUACCUUACGGGCGAUCUGAUCUGUCCUACUAUUCCAAUUCUUCCUAAGCAGCCCACCUAUCCUCCAGAUGCUGAUGAUGCAGCCAAACAUGCUCUCCUUGAUGCAUUUGAGGCUGAGAUGGAGACCUAUCAAUCUGAUCUUGGCGUCUAUGAGACUUGGCUGCGUGAGGAAAAAUCGGCCAAGGCCAUCUUACUUGCAAGCAUAGAGAUUGAUCUUGCACGCUCCCUCAGAGGUCUUGCCACCUCCCACCUCAUGUGGGAAUAUCUUCGUUGCAGUUAUGAGAUCCGCAAUGAGGCGAUGUACCUUGCUGUUGUUGAGGAGGCACAGUCACUUCGUCAGCUUGAUUCUACAGUUGACGACUUCCACCGCAAGAUGACUGAUGUCUGGCAUCGCCUAGACAAUUUGGGGGCCGAGUUCUGUGGUGGUGGUACUUGUCGGUGUUGUGACCGGCACCGGGAGCAGCGCGACACACUCCGUCUCCACGAGUUUCUCUCUCGGCUGCGUCCAGAGUUUGAGACUGUUCGGGCACAGCUACUGACUCGUCGCCCGCGCCCGUCGCUUGCCGAGGCGAUGCCUGAGCUGCGAGCUGAGGAGACUCGUCUUCGGACUGGAGGGGUCAGCCAUCCUCAACUGCAGCCGGCUGUUCUGGUGGCUACACCCCCACCAGUCUCCCUACCUUCGCCCCAGUCUGCGGUGGUGGCGGGGGUCCCCUCUGGUGUGCGGUGUGACUACUGCAAGAUUUAUGGUCAUGAGGAGAAGGAUUGUCGUAAGAAGCAGCGCAACCGCUAUGACGCCGUGAUCGGCGCCACUCUUCAGGCUCUGGUGGUUCCUCUACUCCGCAGGGCACUCGUUCUGUGUCUGCAGCCGAGCAGGAGGUUCUUGCUCUGUUCCGCCGCCUCACUACUGCAGCUCAGGCUCACGGGACUACAGCUCAGGCCUCUGGUUCCACACCUCCUCCUCCUCCGCCAUCAGGUACAUCACCACCGUGGUUUCUUGAUUCUGGUGCCUCUUUCCACAUGACACCCCAUACCACCCA